AUGUCUGAAAUACUGCAAGAGAUUGCCGAUGUGCCCAGGGAAUUCUUCAAAGAUGGGACUCAGUUUAUCAACAGGUGUACAAAGCCCGACCGCAGGGAAUUCAUCAAGAUCUCACAGGCCGUAGGCAUGGGAUUCCUGAUCAUGGGCGCAAUUGGAUACUUCAUCAAGCUGAGUGCGUUCCUUCCUUCCCUUUCCCCCCAAACGCUGCCUCCCUCUUCAAGAUGGGUCAGGAUAGAAAGAGACAGAGUGAAGAGUCUUUUGCAACAAUUACAACCCCCAAUGAACAAAUAA